CACGAGCUUGCAGCACUCACUCAAGUGAGCGGGCACCUUCUGAAACCCUUGACUUGGAGCGUCGUGAGCAGAAUGAACCAACUAGAGCUCGUGAUGUGUCGAUUAGCUGUGUCUUGGUUCCUAAUCACAGCUAUAAGCCAAGCAUGGGUGUGGCCUCUGCUCAUCGGCACAUUGCUUUACGUGCAGAGCACCACGCUCACAAUUGCCUUCCUGCUGUACCUCUAUUAUGUUGUCGUCGGCCCGGGCUCUAAAGAUGACGCCAACUGCAAGUGGAAGCCGACCUUCCGCAAGUGGCAUAUCUGGAAGGUUAUGGCCUCUUACUUCCCCGGCGCCCGCCUGAUUAAGACCGCCGACCUGGAUCCGGCUGGCCGCUAUAUAUUCGUGAGCCACCCGCACGGCGUCAUCGCCAUUUCCGACUGGCUGGCAUUUGCCACAGAGGCGCUGGGCUUCUCCAAACUGUUCCCAGGCCUGGACCUGCGCUGCGCCACGCUGGCUUCAAACUUCUGGGUGCCUGGUUUGCGUGAGUACAUCCUAUCGCACGGCAUGUGCGGCGUGGGGCGAGACACUCUGGCGCGCGUGCUGACAGGAAAGCCGGGCCGUGCGGUUGUGUUGGUGGUGGGCGGCGCGUCUGAGGCGCUGUUGGCGGCGGAGGGAACUUAUGACCUGGUGCUGCGCAACCGCAAGGGCUUUGUGCGCCUGGCGCUGCAGACCGGCGCCAGUCUGGUGCCGGUGCUGUCGUACGGUGAGACAGACACCUUCCACACCUACAUCCCGCCGCCCUGCAGCCGGGCGGCCGCGGUCAUGAAGGUGCUGAAGCAGGUGUUUGGCUUCUCCACGCCCCUGUGCUGGGGCACCGGACUGUUCGGGGGCUGGGGCAUGCUAGCGCUGCAGGUGCCGCUCACUGUGGUGGUGGGGGCACCCAUACAGGUGGACAAGGUGUCCAGUCCCACGGAGGCUGAGGUGGCGGCGCUGCAUAAGACCUACACGGAGGCACUGCAGAAGCUGUGGGAUGACACAGUGGACAAGUACGGCAAGGGUGUCAAGCGGCCGCUGGCCAUCGUGCAAUGAUACUAUUACUAUUAGCUAGGGACAGCAGUGGCAGACUGGAGCGGCGGCAGCAGCAGCAGCAGCGGGGGAGGCAGCGGCGGUGGCGUCAGCAGUGGCAGGAGCGGCGGUAGCAGCGGCAGGAGCAGAGGGUGCGGUGGAAUCAGGGCGGCGCCAGACUUGGCAGCAGCGUUGUGCGUGCACGGCACAUGAGUGGCACUGAGCGGCAGUAGCAGUAGUGGGAACCGCGGUAGCAGCGGGUGCGGGAGGACUAGGGAACGUUGUCGUUGCGGUUGCCGUCAAACGCAGUAAUGCAGCGAGUGCUGCACGGCAGCAAUAGAUGUUGAGGCCGUGGCUGCCGUUGGGGCCAGUAGGCCUGUUGUUGCCGGUGGCCGUGAUGGGAGCCAGCCACGUGGGGGUUUUGUAUCAGAACACUUGAGAAUACUUACACUGGCAGCGCAGGUGCACAUGCCCCCGCCGCCGCCGGUGGACACGUCAUGGCGACUGAGGCGCCAUACGUUGCCUAAGUCACGCUGCGCGCAGCGAAGCGGUGACGUACGGGUGUGGAGGAUUGGAAGUGGGCAGGUGGCUACUGUACUGGGCAUUGUGUGCAAAUGUGAGACAUGCACGUGCAGGACCGGUAUUCUUUCUUGUGCUGUGGCAUAUGUAUUAUAUCAUGUCUUAUGCUAGACUCGACACUCCUUCUUUGGGACACUGUAGCCGGCGUGCCGGAACCAAUCAUCCAGUAACCGCGUAGCCUCACAUUGAGGCAGGUGCAGGCGAGUGACGCGGCCUUGUGGUUGUUUUGCGCGGGGCGUGGUGGUUAGCGUUCUUGUGAGGAGCCUAGCGCGCUGGCGCCCAAUUAGUGGAGCACCAAUCCCCACGUAUUGUAGUAUAGCUGGUUAGAGCUGGCAUCUAGUAGGUCUGUUGCCGGUGGUUCGUGGUGCACCCGCAAGCCAAGCUGUGUGCGCCGCCAGCGCCCCGGCGUCAGUAUGGAGCCUGCUCAGUACUUGGUCCACCAGCAUUGCGCCGUGCGCGUGGCCGAAUCAGGUCAGUAAGGCUGUCGGUUGCGGCUGCGCAAGGGUAGGAUAGCUUGCAGCCUUGCACGCCCAGGUGCGCAACACCUAACUGUAAUAAGGAUUGCCC